AGGAGUUUGAGAAUAAUCAGAAAAAGAAGAACUCUAUGGCUGCAGAAUCAAAAUCAAAAUCAAAAUCAAAUAUUGUAACCAUUGGGUCGUGGAGCAUGAAAAAUAAAUCACAGUGGCUUCCAAGAAAAUUGGUUAGUGAGAAUGGACUAGAAAGGAACUGCAAUAUGAAAUUGGAUGAUGAGAAAGGGAGGAGCUAUGUAGUAGAAGCAAGAUUUUACAAUUCAUCUCUCUACAUUUCAAAGGGUUGGAAUGAUUUCCUAACUAAGAAUCACUUAAAGCUUAAAGAUUGCCUCAAAUUUGAACUCAUCAAGAAUGGCCAAAUACCUCAUUUACGUGUUACUAAGGUGCAGAAGAAGAAUGAUCAUAAAGAGCUGAUGAUCACAGAAUCAAAAUCAAAAUCAAAAUCAAAUAUUGUUUCCCCUGCUUACAUGGUAACCAUUGGGUCGUGGAGCUUGAAAAGAAAAUCACAGUGGCUUCCAAGAAAAUUGGUUAGUGAGAAUGGACUAGAAAAGAACUGCAAUAUGAAAUUGGUUGAUGAGAAAGAGAGGAGCUAUUUAGUAGAAGCAAGAUUUUACCCUAAAAAAUCAUCUCUCUACAUUUCAAAGGGUUGGAAUGAUUUCCUAACUAAGAAUCACUUAAAGCUUAAAGAUUGCCUCAAAUUUCAACUCAUCGAGAAUGGCCAAAUACCUCAUUUACGUGUUACUAAGGUGCAGAAGAAGAAUGAUCAUAAAGAGCGGAUGAUCAGUAAGUAAAUUUAUCUAUAUAAAUAUAGCUCUUUCAUGAUUUGUUAUAAGUUUGUAAAAUCUAAAACUUCGUCCAUAAGAAGAAGAUUGAGACUGAUAAAAAGAGAAGAAGGGUUACCCUUAU